AUGAUCUCCUUAACUGACUUGGAACUUAUAGAGAAUAUCUUAAAAUGGAACAAAAGUCAGAUAGAGACAGAAAUUUAUGUAGAAAGCGCACUAGAAGAAAAAUACAAUAUUACAAAAAACACAUACAAAAUAGUAACAGGAGCAGAUGAGUAUCAGUUGAGAAAUACAAAGAAGGUUUGCUACAAUUCCAGUACUUAUACAAAUAUAACGGACCUAAGUGGUGUUUGUGAAGAAAACAAAUAUGAUAGUGUUGAGGUCGCAGUGGUGAUAGUAUUAUUUUUACUAAUAAUAGUGACUGUUAUUGGUAACACAUUAAUCAUAUCUGCAGUAGUUACAACUAAGAGACUCAGAACGGUUACUAAUUGUUUUGUGACUAGUUUGGCUGUCGCCGAUCUAUUAGUUGGUAUAUUCGUAAUGCCGCCAGCUAUCGCAGUCCAUAUAAGAGGUAAAUGGGAGCUUGGCUGGAUUCUUUGUGACAUUUGGAUUAGCUUGGACAUACUUCUCUGUACCGCAUCUAUACUAUCUUUGUGUGCCAUCAGCGUGGACCGAUAUUUAGCUGUGACUAGACCAUUGACGUAUUCAAGAAGACGUAGAUCUAAGAAGCUCGCACUGACAAUGAUAUUUUGCGUAUGGCUAUCGGCUGGAGCUAUAACGUGUCCUCCCAUGUUUGGAUGGUAUGAACCUGAACAUAAUCAAGGAGGUGUGUGCCGGUAUAAUCAGAACCCUGGCUACGUCGUUUUUUCGGCUAUGGGCUCUUUCUUUUUGCCUAUGAUAGUUAUGGUCUACGUAUACGCAAGAAUAUCUUGCGUGGUAGCAAGACGGCAUCACCAAUUGGCUAGCACUAACAGUAAAUGUAGUAAGAAAGGAAAGCUAUCGUGCAUUAGAACCGAAUCAGAUUCGGGAUCAGAUAAGUUAUCCCUUCGUCAAAGUGUAUCAAAGCAACCAUCCAGAAAUUCAACUCAGCAUAGUGAGUGUUCUUCUCAAGGUGAUCCAAAAUGUCCAUGUUGUUUUCAUGCCACUAAGAAAAGCAGGCAACCGAAAAACUACAGAGUCAGCAAAGAAAAAGAGUCUAAGUUUUAUCACGAAGUAACGUUUAAGGCUAAUUUUAAGAAUAAGAAUACCGGACGUCUCAGAACGCAUUCGAUGAAAGAAAAUAUUGAGAACAAUAGAGUAUCUUCCUUGAAGAGGGAAACAAAAACAGCCCAGACGUUAAGUCUCGUAGUUGGAGGAUUUGUCGCCUGUUGGUUACCAUUUUUCGUAUAUUAUCUUCUUACGCCAUUUUUAUCAAAUGAAUAUGUAAAUCCUGUACUGAUGUGCAUAUUAAUGUGGCUUGGAUGGUUUAAUUCCGCGAUUAAUCCAUUUAUUUAUGCGUUCUACUCGCCAGAUUUUAGGCUAGCUUUUUGGAGACUUACUAUUAAAAAGUGUAAAAGAAGUAAACGUUGA